UCGGUAAACUCAACUCUACAAACAAGCGUUUGUGUGACAGUCAAUAGCAAUGGGAAACAUGCUUUCUAUCCAAAUGACUUUCAGAGAAUAAAACUAAAACAGCUAUCAUGGCAGGUAGCAGGACAGAGAGAAUAAGAUCUAUUUUCCAAAGGUGCCAACGAUUAAUGGGUGCUGGAGGAUUACCUGAGUCUGAAAAGCCAUUGUGGUAUGAUGUGUAUGCAGCCUUUCCCCCAAAAGUUGAGCCAUUGUAUAAAAGACCUGUUCCCACCAAAGUUGUACGCAACAUUCUGUAUCCAGAGGACUUGAUCCGAGCGAAAUACUUCAAGGAAAUCUAUGACACUGAUCUCGUAGACUUAAGAAAUGAACAGGAAACGACUACAUCACAGAAGUUUAUCGACAAAUACUUUGAGUUGAGGGAAAAUGACCGCAACAAUCCUGAUCUUUUCGCUGCUACAGUUGAAGCAUUAAAAGAUGACGGAAUAAAACUGACCACUUGGCAGGAACGAGAGAAAGUUACACAGAUUUACAAGGGAACGGAACAUCCAUCAAGAAAGCCAUCAUACACAGCUGAGGAAGUGUUUGGAGAAUUGACCAUUACCAGAGAAAAACAGUCAGCAGGCUCUAAAGAUAACAAAAUGGAUGACAUGGAAAUAGACAAUUUAGCAGCAGAUUUGUUUGACUCCAAACCAAAAUUGUAGCUGUUGAGGUCAUUUAGAGUUAUGAAAAUCAUGUUUUUUUUGUGUAAAAGUCAUUUUUGUGUAUAAAGUGUGGGAGUGAGAAGGAUGAAUGCUGUGUCAUAUGAGAAUAUUUUGUGAGAUAUUGAAAAACGUAAAUUUUUCUUUCUGUAUUACAAUGAAAAGAAAAAUGGUGUAAUAAAGUUGUUUAAGCU